AGGAAAGUUUUAUGUUUCUAAAGUGCAAACAGAAGUUGUUCCUAAAGUAGAUUGUCCGAGAGAGAGAGAGAGAUAUGAAGAAGGAUAAGGCGGUUGUAAUAGAAAGCCCUAACACUAAUGACGAAGAACAAGAAGAUGAUCCCGCAACUAAUCCUCCAACUCGUCGCUUUUCCACCCGCAAUGCUUCUUCCAAAUACGAUUUCGUUAAGGUGAAAGUAUGGCUCGGUGACAAUGCUGAUCAUUACUAUGUUCUCUCUAGAUUCUUGCUCAGCAGAAUGCUCACUGUCACUAAGAUACCAAAUCAUGUGGCUAUUAAAAUUGCUCUCGAGCUUAAAAAGCUUCUUGUUGACAACAGCCUACUUGAUGUCUCACAAUCAGAUUUGGAGGCAAACUUGUUCAAGCUUAUGGAGCGAAGAGGUUUUGGAGAGGAGUAUAUAAACCGUUAUAAAAUGAUUACGAGAUUUCACCAUAUGAGAGUGCCUUUGGUAAUUCUUGUUUGUGGUACUGCUUGCGUUGGAAAAUCUACUAUUGCUACUCAGCUUGCACAAAGGCUGAACUUGCCAAAUGUCUUGCAGACUGCCAUGGUGUAUGAAUUGCUACGGACAUCAACAGAUGCACCUUUGGCAUCUUCUCCUGUAUGGGCACGUGAUUUCAGCUCAUCAGAGGAGCUAAUAACCGAAUUUUGCAGAGAAUGCAGAAUAGUAAGGAAAGGUUUGGCUGGUGAUUUGAAGAAAGCUAUGAAAGAUGGAAAACCAAUUAUAAUUGAGGGGAUACACCUAGAUCCUAGUAUUUACCUAAUGGAUGAAGAGAAUAAAUUGCCACCAGCUUCUCCAGCAAACCAAGCAGGGCCAAAAUCUUUGAAGGUGGAAGAACAGAAUGAAUUACAACAGAAAAGCAAUUCCAAUGCUAGAUGUAGCAGUCAGACUGACCGCCAGGAUUGCUGUUCCGAGGAUAUGAAUUCAGAACCAGUAGAAUCUUCUGAGUUAAACAAGCUCACAACUGCUCUGGAAUCCUUGGACGUUGUUCAUGAAACCUCUGAAAAUACAGGUACGGGUGAAAAAGUUAAAGAUUCUGGGGCAGACCAAAAUCCGUCUCAUAGAAGAGAAAAAUCCGGUGCUCAACCAAUAAUUGUACCUAUAGUGCUAAGGAUGGCUGAAUUUGACCAUAAGGCAUUGCUGGAAGAGUGGGUAGCUAGUUGUACAUGCAGUGAGAAAUAUCCUAACCAGGACAAAGAUAAAUUGAUAUCUAACUUGAAGACUAUACAGGACUAUCUCUGCUCCUUUACCUCACAGGGUUUAACAGUUGUAGACAUAUCAGCGACGACGUUUCCACAAACAUUGGAUUGGCUGCACAACCAUCUUUUACAGUGUAUCGAGCAAGGUACAGCACAGGUUUCUAGGGGUAACAGUGUGGAGAUAGCCAAAAAAGACUAGAUUAGUGCCAGCCGUAUCUCGAUGAUCAAUGUACUCAGCAGACUAUUAAGUCCAUGCACUGCCUUUGCAGAUUUGCGUUGCAUGAGCUGCACAGAAGCUGUCUCUACUGUAUGUAUGGUCUUUUGUGUAGUUCAUUCAGUCAAGGUAGUCAUGCUAUAUUUGUAAAAGUUUGACUGCCUGAGAAGUCUUAAGCUGUUAAGACAAACGGCAUCUUGUAUCUUAUGUUGCCCAGAAGGCGCCUUUAAUUUGCAUCUAGUACCUGAAUGAAAGGAAUGUGUGAACUGUUUUAAUUCAUAUAACUCUUUUUGUUUCA